AUGAUGCGUCACCAUUUCGAGCGUUCGAUUCUUUGGCGGCCCUACAGAAAGAGUUUGGAAGUAACACAAAGCAAACCAUGGAUGCUUGAAAUUUGGAUUGUAAUUCAUAAAAUCGAGUUUCUGCAAAAACAAAAUAUUACAACCCAAUGUUUAUUUAAAUGUAUUAAUGGAUUCUUAGUGGUGAGUACUUUAAUCUGCUUUCUUUCUCUUAUCCCUUCCCUAUCUAAACCUUAUGCAACUAUUUAUGCUGGUUCAAAAGGUGACUCCCUGAACAUAAGAAACAUUGUUUUAAAAUCAGCAUUUUCUACUUUCUCUAAUUUAAAUUUCAUACAUCUUAAUCCGGGUAGUAUGAAAAAGAAUUUGGAUGAUUUUCGAAUACUUAUAAAAAACGUGAACGUUCACAUAAUUGCUGUGUCUGAAACCUGGUUCAAACCACAUCACAACUCCAAUGCGUUAAAUAUUCCAGGCUUCUCAUUGUAUCGUCAUGAUCGAAAUAAUUUAUCUCGCUGUCGUGGGGGUGGAAUUGCGUUUUAUGUAAAAGACAACAUUAAGGCAAAAGUUGUAUCAAAAAGCAGACAUAACGGUUUAACUGAGUUUAUGUUCCUUGAACUGAGUGGAAUGAAUAAUCAAAAACUCAUCUUUGGUGUUGUGUAUAAUCCACCAAACACAUCAAAUUUUCAACCCCUUCUCAAUUCAAUAAACAAUUUAAUGUCAACUAGGUCUGAUAUUUUAAUCGUUGGUGAUUUCAACUCUAACAUGUUAAAUCAAUCACCUUCAACAAAGCGACUGCUUCACGAGUUUUCUAUGUUUGGUUUAGAAUGUCAUCAAUCGGAACCAACGAAUUUUUCAAAUAUAGCAAACCCAAGUUUAAUUGACUUAAUAUUUUGUAACCAAAACUUAUUAAAUCGUUUCACGCAAAUGUCUCCUGGCAGUUACACAACCCAUGACCUGCUUAUCGGAUCUUAUAAUUUCUCUUUAGAAACAUGCAACAACGAUAUUGUCAAAACUUAUCUUGACUACAAAAAUGUAGAUGAAAAUCUCUUGCUACAAGCAAUAUCGUUACAAAAUUGGGAUGAAUUAUAUAAGCUUUCUGCGAUUGAUGACCAAAUUAAAUUAAUAAAUAAUUUUAUAAAUGAAUUAAUGUCACAAGUAGUACCUUUUGAUAAACUUAAUCAACUGCCGAAAUUAUUAUCAUCAUUUAAGCAAUCAUGA